AUGACUUCCUGUACAAGAGGGGCACAAUGGCAACUGGUUUUGGUUUCCUUGCAGCAGAUGCAAGAGCAGAGGCUGGUUGCAGAUCUCAUCAACUACAAUGCUGUGCUUUGCGCACUCAAAGACGCCUCGCAGUGGCAAUUGUCGCUGCACAUGUUGACAGAGAUGUUGAAAACGAGUGUCAUCCCUGAUGUGAUCAGCUACAGCGUCGCCGGUCAGCACUUAGCCACUGAAAAGAAGGCCAGACUGGUCUGUCACAAAUCAUUGUCAGUCUUCAGAACAGUGAAGACGUCUUAA